ACUGUUUGCGGGACAUGAAGUAGACACAAGUGAAUCAAACAAGUUUAUUGUUGUGGAACGUAUGGAACGCAGUGAAUUGACAUUAAGUUUUCAUAAUUUAAUCAAACGAGAUGAACAACUAUACAGUUACACAAAUUACGCUAUGGAAACUCCUACACCCACGGGUGUACAUGGAGAUUGUAUAUCGGGAUUCUUUCAAGGAUUGGAUUCAUUAUCACCGAGCAACGAUCAGGACUUUGAUUACAGCUUGGCCGUCCCUGAGUCACUAUCCAUUAUAGAUGUAGACAAGACAGAUAAUAAGGAUGCAAAUGAUGUUGGUGAGUUAAUGCUUUCUGUGCCAUUCAGACAUAUUCAUGACCCACCAAUUAAAUUUAAUUCAGUGCAUAGGAAAGUGUUCAUUCCAGGCUUAGAAAUAAAAGUGAAAUUUAUUGAAAAUGAAAGGAGUGUCACAACUCAUCUCAUUAAUCCUAAUUUGUACACAAUACACUUACAGCAUGGAGACUUCACAUGGACGAUCAAGAAACGAUACAAACACAUUCUUUACUUACACCAGCAGCUUGCGUUAUACAGGGCCUCCCUCAAAAUUCCUUUCCCAACUAAAACACACAAGUCUAGAAGAGCCAGCUUUAAAAACACUGUGAAUACAGAGGAAACUGCUGAAAAGGUAGCCCUGGAAGCCCUGCCUAGAAGUAAUUCAAAGAAAAGAGAGGGGCGGUUAAAGAGGAGGAAAGGUGCUUUGCCAAGGUAACUACUAUUUUUGGUUUGGCAAUAGGGGUGUAGACAACUUUUUUAUUUUAUAGAUAUACAUGAAAUAUUUUUUGUUGUUAGACACUGUUGAUGGCACUAUUCAAG